AAACCCCUGCGAAUCAAAACGAAUACUGAAGGGUGGAAAUGGUGGUUUUAAUACGGAGAAGCCUAUUUUGCACCAAGAUAUCCCAAAACAGCCAUCGCCAAUGGAGCGUAAAGCAGGUUACAAAAUCCAACUUCAACGACUCACUCCAGGAGUUCAAGUCCCAUCUCUCCUCUUCCGACUUCGUCGCCGUUUCCCUCCAGAACACCGGCUCUUUCUCCGCCUCUUGGAAUCGAGUCUCCUCCUUUGACACGCCGGAAAUCGCUUACCUCAAGGCUCGACGCGCCGCUGAACGCUUCCAGCUCCUCCAGUUCGCCAUCUGCCCCUUUACCAUAUCUGGCUCCAAAGUCGCUGCCCACCCAUAUAAUUUCCAUUUGUUCCCAAGAGAUGAACUAAAAAUUGGGAUGCCUUCCUACAGUUUUUCAUGCCAAACUUCUUAUUUGACAGCUAUGGCCCGGCAUGGUUUCGAUUUUAAUGCCUGCAUAUAUGAUGGUGUAUCAUACUUAUCCAGAGCACAAGAGUUGGUAGCAAAAGUUCGAAUGGGCAAUCCAAUUGCUGUAAAUCACAUACCUUCUUCUUCCCCGCCAACUGUUGCUGAUACGGUAUUUGUAGAAAGGGUUAAAUCCCGUAUUAAGCAUUGGAAAAAAGCCUGCACAGACUCCUCAAACAUAAAGAUAGAUGAUACUCUUAUAAAAUCACUGAAACAACUUGUCUCAGGGGGUGAACUAUAUGGCUCUAGGCCGAGCAUGACAAUAGAUGUUUGCAGUGAACGUCAAGUUCAACUUGUUUCAGAGAUGUUAAGAGCGUUCUCCGAUGACCUUGUUGCUUUAAAAAUCCCAACAAAGGGUGGAGGUACCCAGGCAAUUCGUGUUGUUUUAACAAGUUCAAAAGAAGACAAGAGUCUUUUUGAGAAGGAGCUUCAGAAUGUUGAAGAAGAACAAAACAAGAAAAUGAGAGGAUUUCGAGAAGUGAUCGAAUUGAUAUCCGCUUCGCAGAAACCUGUCGUCUCUCACAAUAUCAUUAAUGAUUUUUCGGUUAUUCAUUCAAAAUUCGUAUCUCCACUUCCUCUCAAUAUGGAUGAGUUUCUUCAUUCUUUACGAUCAGUUUUUCCCCAUAUAUUUGAUGUUAACCAUAUGAUGAAGGAAAUUGGUCCUCUAGAAAACGUGACCAGCAUACCUGCAGCCAUAUCUUAUCUCAAGAAUCAUUUCUUUGCACCCAUUGAAAUGGAACUUUCUCAUGGAGCUUUGUCAGAUGAAAGCAAGAUUCACGGGCAAACUGUCGUGAGAAUAUGUUAUUUGUUUGCAAAAUUGUGCUCUGUACUGAAGGUCACUCCCGGUGUUAGAGAGGGAAAUAUUACUUCUCUCCUUGAUGGGUAUGCAAAUGACUUCAGAUCAUCUUCUGGAAGUUGCGAAGGAUCACUUGAUGGAGGUAUCAGAAUUCGGACAAAUAGCCCAAGAAAAGUAGACUGCAAGGAUCUAGUUUUCUUGUGGGGAUUUAGGGAUAUGUUGUCUGCCGGAAUGCUUAAGAGCCUGCUUCAUGGGUCGCAUGAUGUUUUCUCUGGAGAUUUUGAUGUUUGUUUAAUUGAUACGAGCUGUGCUGUAUAUUUUUUGCAACCGAAUUUAUCUCAAGCUUUCCUGGAUGUAAUGAGCAGCGAAGGAAUCAGUGGAUCAUUAAGGGAACUGGUCUCAGAAGGCUUAAGGGCAGCAGAUUUUGAGACAUACAAGAGGGCAUGUAGUUUGGGUUUAUGGGAGACAGAUUUAGCAAGUUCCUUAGACAAAGCCUCUGCAAUGCCUGAUCACUUUUCUCAGAGUAGUCCAGAAACAAAGCCAUCAGAGAUUCUCUGGUGCAAGGAUCUUAUUAUUAAUUUGGACGAUUUAUGAGGGACGUAAUUUUUCAGUGCUCGGAGAUAAUAUUUGUAUUUGCAGCAGCUUAGUAGUAGGCUUAGAGUUGAUAUUAACCUUGCUACUAAUCUGAUGCCAACCUUCAAGGCGUGAUCAUUGAUUGUAUGUGAUGCCGUUAUUUGAAGAAGACAGAAAAUCUUCUUGUAGACCACUAGCCUGGAUUGCAGCAGUAUAUCCGGGCCAGAUUGUCCUGUAUUUGGUAUUGUUUUCCUUGUAUACUAUGCUAACCUUUGAUUACUUAUCAUAU